AAAGGGAGAGUAAGGGCCAUGAAAACGUGAGGAUAAAGUGGUGUUUUUUUGAUGAAAUAGUGACAGCUCUUUGUUGGUGAAUAGAAAAUCAGUGGUGAUGCUGAGAGAGAGAGAGGGAGAGGGGGAGAGAGUGAGAAGGACUCCUCCUACCAAAUUAUUCAGACUGGGCCGGCUCUGCUGUUCUCUCUUCACAAAUACAACACGGUUCUCAAAUCCAGGCAGUCCCAACCUGACCUCCAAGCACAGAGGAACACCCUCCCUUCCUCCUGCAGCACAAAAAGAAGCCAGCAAAAACUUUGUGACAUUAUUUUUUGGCGACUGUUCACACUGUAGUCCCCCUCCUCAUCCCCUGGUCCCUCUCCACCACAGCUUCCACACCGUUUUGUCGCAUCAUUUGGACUAUCUACUUUUUUUUUCUUCUUUUACUGGAUGAGAGACAUUCACGGGAAGCGGGGAUUCAGCGCCUCUCCUCCUGUCCCGCCCGUGCUGUAGUUUCUUCUGCUUUCAGCCGUGGAGGUGAUCUGAAUCACCAGGGUUUAUGUUUUUUUUUUUUUUCCCCCAUUUAGUGUUUUGUAUAGAGCCCACUCGGAUGCGCUAAGAAAAACGAAAAGAGAGAAAAAGGAAAACGGGGCGCAGCCAAGAGGCACAGUAUAUGGAAGUUGUGAGCUGCAAAACAGAGGCGAGCAGUUGCACGUUGUGUCCAGGACCGGGAGCCAUGCUUUUCCACGGUAUCUCCGGGGAUCACAUCCAAGGAAUCAUGGAGGAAAUGGAAAGGAGGACGAAGACGGAGUCGCGCCUGGCGAAGGGCAUGCAGCUCAACGGCAGGGAGUCGACCAUGACCUCCAUGAGCCCGGAGAAGCCUGCCCUGUGCGCCGGCUGCGGUGGCAAGAUCUCGGACAGAUACUACCUCCUGGCCGUGGACAAACAGUGGCACCUGCGGUGCCUCAAGUGCUGCGAAUGUAAACUGGCGCUGGAGUCGGAGCUGACGUGCUUUGCCAAGGAUGGGAGUAUUUAUUGCAAGGAGGAUUACUACAGGUUCUCCGUGCAGAGGUGCGCGCGCUGCCACCUCGGGAUAUCCGCCUCGGAGAUGGUGAUGCGAGCGCGCGACUCGGUGUACCACCUGAGCUGCUUCACCUGCACCACGUGCAACAAGACCUUGACCACGGGCGACCACUUCGGCAUGAAGGACAGCCUGGUGUACUGCCGGCUCCACUUCGAGACGCUGGUGCAGGGCCCGGACUACCAUCCGCAGCUCAACUUCGCCGAGCUGGCGGCCAAGGGCGGCGGCCUCGCCCUGCCCUACUUCAACGGCACCGGGACGGCGCAGAAGGGGAGGCCCCGCAAGAGGAAGAGCCCGGCCAUGGGGAUAGACAUACCCAGCUACAACACAGGCUGCAACGAGAACGACACCGACCACUUGGACCGGGACCAGCAGGCCUAUGCUCCGACGCAGAAGACCAAACGCAUGCGGACCUCCUUCAAGCACCAUCAGCUGCGGACAAUGAAAUCCUAUUUUGCCAUCAACCACAAUCCGGACGCCAAGGACUUAAAGCAGCUGGCUCAGAAAACAGGCCUUACUAAGAGAGUUCUGCAGGUUUGGUUCCAAAACGCAAGAGCCAAAUUCAGAAGGAACGUUUUGCGACAGGAGAAUGGAGGUGUUGAUAAGGCUGAUGGCACCUCACUCCCUCCGCCCUCAUCCGACAGUGGGGCCCUGACCCCCCCCUCCAGCGCGGCCACACUAACAGACCUGACAAACCCCUCUAUCACUGUAGUGACCUCCGUCACCUCUAGUUUGGACAGCCAUGAUUCGGGGAGCCCUUCACAAACUACCUUGACAAACCUUUUCUAACAAGCUAUCUCUAUCAGACUGAUUGUUAUUCUGAGUUUUGUUUUUGAUCUUUUUUUGGACUUUCUUUUAGUUUCUUUCUUCAAGUUACAUUUAUUUUUGUAAAUGACACCUUUAAAAUGAAACAGAGAGCAGAGACAGCUCCUGGGAAGAGACAGUGCUGUACUGUGUACACAAACAGGAACAACAAUGGCAACAACAGCAGCGACCACUUAGGAAAUUACUCUAAUGUGUAGCAUUUGAAGCUGCAAAGAUUGACUCUUGGAUUCUUGGACUUAUUUGGAGUUAAAGAGAUUGGAAAAUUGUCUCGGAUUGCAGAUUUUAUUCGGGGAAAAUAACUUGAAACUUGGCUGGAAAUUUAGACUCUGUCUGAUUUGACUUAAUUUGUAUAUUUGUAGUAAAAUAUGUUUAGACAAGCCCUCCCUAAUUUAUAGUUAAUUGGUUAAAUUCAAAAAAUAGUGCCAGAAAUAUGUAUAUGUAUGCACUGUGUUCGCACUAUCCAGAUUUUUGAAUUUCUUUGGUUCUGCGUCGGAAUAAUUUGGAAAACCUGUCGAAUGUUCUGUAUAUGGGUAAUUCCAGAAAACAGGCUUUAAUUAAUACCGAAUGUUUUCAGUCUGGAAGGCCGACUUUGAUGGAAUCAGACGUCGGCAACCUGACAGAAGCUACAUGUAAAAGCAUCUAAAUUUACAUUGUAAAGCACCUAGGCAGCCAGCAGACAGAAGCUGAAACCCCACACAAAGGCGUUUUUCUCAUGAAUCCAGAAGUAAACCCCACACACUUCAACGCAUCCAUUUGGUAGAAACUGAUGAUUAUUAAAAGCAGCAGAAGAAAUUCAGAUUGUAUCUAAUCACUCGUCUUAUUGACGGAGCGCUUUUUGCUUUUGGAACUUGUGAUUCUCAUGGAUCUAAUAGACAAAGCCCAGUAAACAUAUCCACAGACCCACAGCUAAACUCAGUUGCACAGUGACAACAUACUGCCCAGAGAAAAGUGCAUUAUUGUCCUUAUCAUGUUGCUCAGGGUAAUGACGUGAUUUUAAAUGUAAGAAUAUAGUCGGGGGGCUGAGAAAUUAAGUGGUUGCGACGCUGCAGACUAGAUUUUAGGAGCCGACAGAACCAGUCAAAACAUCUGACCUCAGAUGGGUGGAGUUGCGACAAGCAGCCAGUGGGAAAUCAUCGUCCAUGUGUUCUCCUGUUUGGCCAUAUUUACACUUUCUUUACUGACACUUGCCACCAAACAGACCAAAAAAUAAGAAUUUAAAAAAACAAACAUAAAAAGCUGUUUCUUCUGGCUGAUCGAUCGACCGAGCAAACCUUCAGAUUUCAUUGUGAGCGUCACAGUUUGUUUUCCUGCAGAACAAAGUGGCGCUCUUGAUCUACUUCAUGAAGUAGACGCCUAACUCAGUUCUACCAUGUGCCUUAAUGCUAUAACUUGGGAGAGAGUUUGUGAAAUUCAGGAUCUGUGUUCUUUGUUAACUGACUCACAUCCUUUUGGCGCCUCACUAGUUUUGUACUGUUUUGCAUCUUAUUUCCGAAGAUCUUUUAAUGGUGUACCCUGUUUUAAAAGAAAAAAAAAAGUGGGCGGGAGGGCGGGGGCAGCGAUGUCAUAGAAAGCAUUUGUGCACUCUUUCAGAUAUAGUUGGGUAAUCCAAGAACCUUAUAUAUUGAUCUUCGUGUUAAUAGUUGAGUACAGUAAGUGUUUUAUCAAGAUUGUCCAUGUUUCCCUGUUUCUUGAUAAAGAUGGUGUAUAGAAACUAUUUCCCCUUAAAUAUUUAUGGACCAAACGGUUGUUAUAUAUCUUAUUAAAUUUGUGUGAAUAAAAAUACUUUGCUUUAAA